UGUGGGAUAGAGCAACUGCAAAACAGAAACUUUGGACGGCUGCCGGGAGGCUUCGUUUUUAUCGAUAUUUUGCACAAUCUGUAGCAAUGGCUGCUGCAGAAGCAAGCCAGUCUGGUAGUCAGGACCCUGAUAUGGUCACACACGAGCUUGGUGAUGUUAACAUGGAUGGCCAAGGAAGGGUCAGCAUGCAUGACUUUGAGCUGUUAAAGGUGCUAGGAACUGGAGCUUAUGGCAAAGUAUUCCUAGUCAAAAAAAUUCGUGGAGGGGAUAAGGAGAGGUUAUAUGCCAUGAAAGUAUUGAAAAAAGCCAGCAUUGUACAGAAAACAAAGACCACAGAGCACACAAAGACGGAACGCCAGGUCUUAGAAGCCAUUCGCCAGUCACCAUUCCUGGUCACCCUUCACUAUGCAUUCCAAACAGAUGCCAAGCUUCACCUCAUACUUG